UAUGGGGCUUGAUUUUUUUUAUUAUUAUUAUUUUUUUUUCUGGCUUCAUGAUAUGUCAUUAUCAUGCACGGACCUGAAAUGACGUGGAACAGGAGUUUAAAGAUGAUAGCGUUACUGAUAAAUUGGGAAUUUGUAAUAUUGACAUUAGCCCAUCUUAACAAAGACGAUGCAGAAGUCGUUACAAAUAACGUUAGAUCAAAUGAGUCGCUCAAAGCACAGCAGUCUCCCGCGGACUUGGAGAGGUUGUAUUUGAGAGCUGCUGACGCUCACGAAGAUGACUGUGAACGAUAUGUCAACACUUUAGCGUUUUCAAGUGAUCCAGCGGACGACUCGACGAUCCAAUCCACUUUCAAAUGCCAUGCAUGUGAGGACCACAGUCUGGUUAAUAAUGCGGACCAAAACGGAGCGAAUCCCUCGCAAAAUGACGCAUUUGAAGAGAUUCUCCGAGGACCUGUGACUUGGCGAUUCUUGAGAGAUCAACAGAAUUUGAAUGGAGUCGUGGUGUCUGACGACUCUCAGCCUGUGUUUACUUGUGGCAAGGAACACCUUUGGAUCAAGUUUUCCAUGAUGCGGCAUUCAAAUCCACGCUUGAUUAUCAAGCCUGAAUGGGCAGAUUCACAAAAGCAGUGCAGAUGCAUCAGAAGGAAUCAUGGGCCAUCAAUGCUGCUGAGGAUCUACUUCAAAGACUGCUAUGCUUCAAAUUGGACUCGAGACAGAAGGAUGUACUACUCUGUAGGAGUACUUUACUUUGAUCACCUUCAAAUGAAGAGUUUAUCUGGCAUUGCCACCUGUCAUGCUGCCAUCCUGCCACAUGAUGCACCUUCUACAGAAGAAUCACCUGAAGUUAUCUGUGGAAAGCCAUUUGUGAUUGUAAAAUUACCAGCCAAGAGGAUUAAAAGUGUUAAAGUUUUGGGUAUGUCUAGGCAAUUGCCUCGUGCAGUCCUUUGGAAAAGUCACCAUACUGUGUUAGUCAAAUUGAAACGCUCCGCAGUCGAGGAUGGUGAGGAUGGUAUUCUCCAGCUGGAUUAUCUUGAUGUGACUGGAAAAUUGCAGACAUUCAACAGGAAUCUUGAAAACAUCGCUUCUAACAACUGCUGGAACAACAGCAGCUACGCCUGGCUCAACAUCUGCAGUCAAAACCACAAUGGCUCAAACUACACCUUUUUCAGAAAUUACUGCACUUGGCUCCACUUCUGUUGGAAGUACUACCCUUGGCACCACUUCUGUAGAAAGUACAACCCUGGGCACCACUUCUGCAGAAACUACUACACUUGGCAUAAUUUCUGCAGAAAUGACUACGACUUCUGA